CUGAGGCUCGACUGACCUCAUUUCAAAUGGCCCCGUAGGGCAACAAGGCUGCCUAGUUUUGACCGUGCUACCUGUGCCAUGAAAAAAAAUCGAUCUCAAUUGGCAGCUAUUUGGGCUUUUAUAUCUGUAAGGCCCCCUUUUGAACUGUGGUCAUUCAAAGAAGGGAUCUUGUCUGGGAGGGCCCAUCCAUCCUUGCAGUUGGACGAGGGAUCAGGGAAACUGUCUCCAGCGAACUAAAUAAGAGGGAAUGUUGACCAGGGAGCACCGCUGGGGCUGAACAGAGGAGCAGGAACCGGAGCUCAGGCUGAGUCCGAAAACUGUUGGCUCCAGACUUUGGCUUGGGGACAUUUGGAAGUGGGAGAUGGAGAUGCCAGAGGAACCCGCCAAUAGUGGGCAUUCGCUCCCUCCGGUUUAUAUUUACAGUCCCGAGUAUGUCAGCGUAUGCGACUCCCUCGCCAAGGUUCCCAAAAGGGCCAGUAUGGUUCACUCUUUGAUCGAAGCCUAUGCCCUGCAUAAACAAAUGAGGAUAGUAAAGCCCAAAGUGGCCUCCAUGGAGGAGAUGGCCACCUUCCACACUGAUGCCUAUCUGCAGCAUCUCCAGAAGGUUAGCCAAGAAGGUGACGAGGACCAUCCAGACUCCAUAGAAUAUGGACUAGGUUAUGACUGCCCAGCCACAGAAGGGAUAUUUGACUAUGCAGCAGCUGUUGGAGGAGCUACAAUCACAGCUGCCCAGUGCCUGAUUGACGGGAAGUGCAAAGUAGCGAUUAACUGGUCUGGAGGGUGGCAUCACGCAAAGAAAGAUGAAGCAUCUGGUUUUUGUUAUCUCAAUGAUGCUGUCCUGGGAAUAUUACGAUUGCGACGGAAAUUUGACCGUAUUCUCUAUGUGGAUUUGGAUCUGCACCACGGAGAUGGUGUAGAAGAUGCCUUCAGUUUUACAUCCAAAGUUAUGACUGUGUCCCUGCACAAAUUCUCCCCAGGAUUUUUCCCAGGAACAGGUGACAUUUCUGAUGUUGGCCUGGGGAAAGGACGGUACUACAGUGUCAACGUGCCCAUUCAGGAUGGCAUACAGGACGCGAAGUACUAUCACAUCUGUGAAAGUGUACUAAAGGAGGUGUACCAGGCCUUCAAUCCCAAAGCUGUCGUGUUACAGCUGGGAGCAGAUACCAUCGCUGGGGAUCCAAUGUGCUCCUUUAACAUGACGCCAGUGGGGAUCGGCAAGUGUCUGAAGUAUGUCCUUCAGUGGCAGUUGGCAACUCUGAUUUUAGGAGGAGGAGGCUAUAACCUUGCCAACACCGCUCGCUGCUGGACAUACUUGACCGGGGUCAUCCUAGGGAAAACACUAUCCUCUGAGAUCCCAGAUCAUGAGUUUUUCACAGCAUAUGGUCCUGAUUAUGUGCUGGAAAUCACGCCAAGCUGCCGGCCAGACCGCAAUGAGCCCCACCGAAUCCAGCAAACCCUCGACUACAUCAAAGGGAAUCUGAAGCAUGUGGUCUAGUUGACAAGAAGAGAUCAGGUUUCCGGAGCUGGGAAGCAGUGCCUGUAAUGAAGACAGUGUGUUGAUGCAAGCAGUUUGUGGAAUUUGUGACUGCAGGGGAAAUUUGGAAGAAAUUACUUCCUGAAACUUUCCAAGGGGCACCAAGUGGCAGCUUGGCCUCCUGGGGUGAGGAGGCAGGCACCCCAGAGCCAGGCCUAAGGGGAUGAGGAAGAUAUGCAGUGUUUAGAGUGUUUAUUUUAAAACACACACACACACACACACACACACACACACACACGUGCAGUUUUUAGUCUUUCAAAAUUAUUUUUGAGCAAACUGAGGGGGAGAAUUUUAUCUUCCUAAAGGGGACAAGUCAGAAGGUGCAGGAGAGUGGGGCUGAGGGAGGGGCAGUAGACAGUAGACAGACAGGUUUGGACCUCAGGGCCAUUUAGGUAGAACCCUGUGGGGGAGGGGGGUUAUCAAUAGACCAGCCAAUGAAAUCAAGUCUACUACUUUUGAUUUAGUAUUGUGCACUUAUGGCAUUCUUAAUAAAAUUUUCAAAAACCUAACUCCGUCCCCUUCCCACUGUAACUACCACUGACAGCACACACAGUACUGAACUAUUCCCCGUCACCAAAGGUCAGAAAUGGCCCCCUUGCUCCCAUACUCUGCCCUGGCCAGCCUGGGAUUCUCACUCUAAAUUUUGGACCCUACUGGGGAAUUAGUGUGUCCCCAGCCUAGAUAACAAGCUCUGUAAUGUGCUGGGGCCUGUCCAUGAAAAAAAAAGUGCAGGGCUCUAGGUUGUGCAUCCAUGAAAAGGAGGCAUCUUACACUCUGAGGAGGAGCUUACUCUGCCAAGGAUUCAGGGGUAGGAAGGUCAGGUAUCAAAGGGCAUUUCAUUCCCAUGGGUAGACAGGACACUUCCAACUCAGGUGUAGACAGUUGAGACACAUGACAGUGGGCUGGUGCCACCUGGGAAGCUGGCAAAAUGGUGAUGAGGAAAAGACAGCCAUUCAGCAUGGUUUUAUAUCCUGAUUGACCAAAUAUUUAUUAAGUUCUUUCAACCACUGUGACAAGUCUAAGAGACACAGGCACAGCCCAGUCCUGGCUUAGGCGAGGGGAAGAAAAAGCAAAUAUAUGCCGAGAGCUGUGGGUCACUGAACUGGGAGCAACUGGCACUGCCAAACAGGCCCCCAGCAGCAUGUCUGGAGGGAUAUUUAAAUUUCCCCCAUGCAAGCAAAAGCAUUCCAGAGAAGGGAGUGAGAAAGCCUUGAGUGUGUCCUGAGCUGGGAAUAGCCAUGCUUUUAUUAAACAGUGAGGGUGUCUGCUGUACUAGAAGCACCAGUCACUUCAAAUGCCCGCUGUUCUAAGUAUACACUCUGGACUUAAGGCAGUUUGGCUUACUCUGAAAAGAAUGGGGAUUUCAGUGAAUUGAAGAGUGGGGAAGCACUGAGCGGUCAGAUGCCAAGGUUUGCCCUCCCAAAGGUUUGCUGAUCCUACCCCUGUCCUUUCAAGGGUUCUACCUCCAGAGUCCCUGUAAAGGCCUCAGGCCUAAAAGGCAGCCACCUGGUAAGAACAAUGACUAGCUAGUGCCCUGUGGCCUUUUCAGUGGGGAUGGCCCUGGUCAAGGUUAUUCCUCCCUUACGAGGGAGUAGCAGACCGUGCUGAGGGUGCCAGGGAGCCUUUUGUCAUGGGAUCCCGUCUCAAGGCCAGGCUGGCACUGCCCAGGAACUAGCUCUGCCUCAGUCCUGCCCCCAAUAGGACCCAGAAAGGCUACUGAGCUGAUGACCUUGGGCCUCAGAGGGCACUAAUGCGGUAGG